AUGGCUGCCUCCCGUUGGGCUGGGGACGCUCGCACAGCCCGGCACUACAGAACCCGACAUCUCCAGGCUUCUCCCUGCACGCCCGCACGCCCGCACACCCACGACCAAAUGUACCAAAGCUCACCCACGCCAGUCUCAGGCUUGAGUCACCGGAGACGAUCUUCCCUGCGCCUGGAGCCACGAGACAGGACGGCUGGGAGGGAAUCUCAACACUUCGACAUUGCAGACCCUCAAGAACACACUUUCCUUGGUUUACUCUACACUUUAAGCCACAGGGAACGAAAAAACAAGGAGGACAGAGGAGGACAGGAAGGAAGAGACUGGAAGGAGGGUCCAAGUGGUCACCGAUCGAGAGGAGAGCGAAGACUAUGCAUGAGCUCACCCCCAGCACACGCCAGGUAUUACCAACACCCACCACUUCGCCUCCCGCAAAAGCAUUCUGAUGUUUCUCCCCAAGUUUGAUGGUCUCAUCGCCGCCACGAGAUACCCACGUCCAGGGUCCG